AUGGGGAGGCAGGGCGCCUCUGGAAUCGUCUUCAUCACACUGAAUUACAACAUCACCAUUGUGGGGAAGAUAUGGCUGGUUCUAACGAUCUUCCUACGCACCUCAAUCUUGUUCACGGCCGGCUAUCCGCUCUACCAGGAUGAGCAGGAGAGAUUUGUUUGUAACACCAUCCAGCCCGGCUGUGCCAACGUGUGUUACGAUCUAUUUGCACCCCUGUCAUUGUUCCGCUUCUGGCUGGUCCUGCUUUCCUCGGUUAUCCUGGUUCAAGUGGUAUUUAUUGUCUAUGUGAUCCACAAAGUUACAUCCAGUCUGCCAAAUCCUGAUGCCUCUAACAAAAUGAAGCUUAAGUCUUUCUAUAAAAUUAAACCAGAACCCUUCCAUGAAGCAUCUCUGUCAAAGUCUAGUGUAAAAGCAGGUGUAAGACUGCUGCCUUCUUUCUCAGGCGCCUACAUCCUUCACCUUUUAAUCCGGAUCCUUCUGGAAGCUGGUUUUGGGGCAGCACAUUACUAUCUUUUUGGCUUCUACACCCCGAAGCGCUUUAUGUGUCAGCAUGUUCCUUGCACCACCAUGGUGGACUGCUAUAUAUCCAGACCGACUGAGAAGACCAUCAUGCUAAAUUUCAUGCUGGGGUUGGCUGCUCUAUCUCUUCUCCUCAGCCUGUCUGAGAUCAUCUGUGCCAUCAAGCAAACAGCAAGACACAGGAGCAAGAAGAAGAUGAUGGUGGAGAAGAUGCACAAGGAGGAGCGAUAUUUCCUUACCGAAAGUGGAGCGGACGGUGCAGACUUCGGGGACCCUGAACAUCAAUCCUUGCUGGUCAAUGGAAGUAUCAAUCUGGUCGUACCCAGUUCAAUCAAUGGUAACGGACCAGGUUGUUACCCAAUGGUGCAGGACGAGGUAACAGAGCGAGAUGGCAGUAAGGUGGCACUGUGUCCAUCUGAGCCAGUAGGCACGCCCAGAUCCAUACGGGUCAACAAGCGUAGCCGCCUCAAACCCAUGCCACCCCCGAGGUGGGACAAGCCAACAAGCGAAGGGCUGCUGGAUGGCCCUGGAGUAGUGCCAGAUUGUGAAAGGAUGGCAGAACAGUACAUGUUGGGGGAUAUAAGUACCGAUAGUGACCUGAUAUCCACUGGUGGAGACGGCUACGAGAAAAGGUCAGCAUGGGUGUGA